CGAUCUCGCAGACCACCAUGAAAUGUGAGAGCGGCGCGUCGCCGAGGAGACCCAAGAAGACGUCGCUGGGAAACGGAAACGACGGAGACGAGGAGUGGCGCACGGAGGGAACGGUUCCUCGUUUCGGUCCGGUAUGCAAGAAGAGGAUGGCCGGCGGGACGACGACGAACAAUGAGAUCCUCGGCGCGGAGGGUGGGGAGGAGGGGCAGGGUACGUCAGCGCGAGGGGAACUGCAUUCCAGAGUGGGCGGCAUUCUGGAAUGCGAUCCCCCCGGUAACAGGAAUUCGUCGAACGAGCGAGCCGCCGCCGCCGCCGCCACCGCCACCGCUGACAACGAGGACGGUGUCUGCCGAUAUGCGGUCGGCGCUGCUAACCGCGCUAUGUCUUUCUUCGAGAUGUGCCAGAUUCGGCUUCAAUAUCUCUUCCCGCAGCUGGGUCCACCCCCGCGUUACAAUAUCCACGACGACUCCAUAGAAUCGACCGCGGAGAUCCUGGCCAAUGACGUAAUGCGGUACUUGUUAAAGGAGGAUAUCUAUCUUAUAUCCCAGGACCCAGUCUCCCGCAGUAUGAGGCACAACGUGUAUCAAAUGCUCAACAAACACAGCAUUCUCUUUACGAGUAUGGUGAAUCGUUUGAACGUUGUCCCGGACACCGCUUAUGAAACGUUUAUGGGGGUCGCCAACGAGCUGUUUUUGCACGGCGUUAUCACAUGGGCUAGGAUCGUUUGCUUAUACGCUUUUAUGGGCAGAUUGGCUUUAUGGGCCAGAGACAGAAGAAUGCACAGUCUCAAAAAGAAAUUGCCACUGUACGUCUCUAGAUACGUUGGUGAAAACAUAACACACUUUAUCAAAGGCUACGGCGGAUGGGAACAAUUGUGCGUCGAGUACCCCGUGGCUGAGGAAGUUAGCGGGGCAGUCUGGCGGAGUCUACUAAUGACGGGAGCCACUCUCGGUCUGAUCGCCACGAUCUUGUCGGUGACUUCUUGAUGGAACUUCACGGGGGACCUUCGUGCGACCUGAGUAUGUUUUGUCGUCAAGAAGCUUUCGCGUACUUAUACGUUCUACGAGAACGCUCUCGAAAGAAAUGUGAAACAGAUCUUUGAAACGUACGCACGUUACAACACUACAACGUUACAACGUUACAUUUCACACGGAACAUCGGAAUCAAUUCAAGCGGAGCGCUUGCUACGUUCUACACGAGGAACAUGCAAAAUUAACAAAAGAUACAUCAACGCGCGUUGACACACAUAAUUUUCAUAUCAAUGUCACUCGGGCUUAGAAUCAUCCUACUUUUUAUAUAACUCCAGCGAACAUACAUAGCAUGAGCGACAGACAAUGACGCUAGUUUCCUAUUACAAUACCUUAUAACAGACUAGUGAAAUUAGUAAACAGAAUAUCUUAUUUAAUUCUACACAGUAGACAUUUUAUAUUAAAGUAAUUCCUAAUAAUAAUACUCAAAAUUGAAGAAAUUUAUGCAACACGAAAUAAGGAAUCUCGAAAUUGUAUUGAAUUUAGGUAGACGCAAUCUAUUUAUUUAUAAUUUAUUUUAGGUAGAGAAUAUAAUUAAAUAAUAAAUUUUUUCGAGUAUAUAUCUUUGGUCACAGAACCGAUCGCAAUCCACACACUUUAUAAACUUUAAGGGAUAUAUGUAAUACCGACGAAAAAAAAAAAAAAACGAUGGCUACGAAUUACGAGUAUACCAUCAUGUAUAUUCAAAUAAUGGCUACUUUUUAUAUGUUGAUAUAUUCUAUUUACACUUGCAAAAAUUUUAUAUGCAUAUUCAGAAUAAAUACUUUUAUAAAAUAACGAUCAUUCUUCUGUAAUCAUUAUCGAAACAAGACAGAUUUAAAAAUACCUACACUAUACAAAGAUAAUGUCGAUCGUAUUCUCGCAAUUUCGCAAAGGAUUUAAUGUAAUUUUUGAUCUUCCUCGAUCCCAUCAGUAUUAAAAUAUGUAUAAGUAUGUAUUAUUGUUUGUUAAAAAAUUAAUUUUUCAUACAUCAAAUAUCGUACUGUCAAUGGAAAUUUACAGGGUAGAGCACAAGUUACUGUUAUAAAAUUUUAAAUAUAGUUUUAUGAGAAGCGAUUUACACUUCUACACAAAUAAAAGUCCCUCAUAAAAUAAUACAAAGACUUAUUUACAUGGUAUAAGUACUUUUGUUUUCUUGGAAGACGUCGCGUCAACAUCGUUAAAGCAUCUUUAAUGUGAAUGAUCAUAAAUUAUAAGUGAUAAGUUUUGAUAUAUAGUUGUUGCGUAUUGUGACAAAAGGGAUCGCUCUUAAUCAUUACGAAAUACUGUAAGUGACGUACUUUUGAUGUAUAUGUCUGCAAAAUAAUCAAAAAUGCUAACUUCAUGUAAAAUAACACUAUCAUUCCUGCAGCGACACAAUCCUCCUAACAGUAUAUCUAUGUAAUCCAAAACAUUAAUUAAUGAAUAAUAAUAGAAGACAUUGACAUUUGACACUUACACACAUAUUAAUAGCUUGAAAAUAAGAAAUGUAAUUCUUUUCUGUAGAAUGCAAUCACGAUGAUACAAAUUAAGUUUCGAAUAUAAGUAGCAAUUCAAUGUGCAUGCGGACAAUUUUGUUUUAAAAGAGGCUACGUUGUAUAUCAGAACUCCGACUUACUGAGAUUUGCAUGAAUGCGAAAACAAUAUGAACUCGUCGAAAUCUCGUACAUAUUUAUCAUAUCCAUGAGACUACUUGAGAUCUAAAUCACUUAAGAUUUACAGUGUAUGUAUGUAUGUAUAUAUGUGGAUGGAUGUAUGUAUAUAUAUUGCAGUAUUUACAAUAUUAUAUUAUAUAUUUAUAAUUAUAUAUAUGUUAACAAAAGGCAACACCGAACAAUGAUCAGAAAUCUAUCCCUAAGGAUCUCAUAAAGGAUGACAAUGCAUGAUAAAAUGUACGUAUUGAUUUAUAGCUACAAAAGUAAAGUCACGAUUCUUUCUAUAUAUUA